AAGAAAAUAAUAUCCUAGUAGUUUUCUACCAUGACUUUCUAAAAGCUUUUCUUAUUCUCUCUGAGUCUUCUUCCUCUUCCUAGAAUGUUUUAGAUGAGUUAUCAUCAGAGUGUUAAUAAAGUAUGCUCUGUGCUUGCCAUUCUUAAUGGAUCCUGCACAUCAGAAACAUUAAAACUCAGAAUUAUGAUGUCAAUCUUGUUGUGUUUAAUAUAAGAUUCUUGAGUUAAGUUUUUGUAGCUAAAAAACAGUGCCUGUUGAAAUGCCCGUGUAGAUUAAGGGCUUAUGAUGGCAUAGCUGCUCCAUUUUCUUGAUUCUAGCAUCUUCUAUUUCUCACACCCCGAAUACAGAAUAAUUAUUGCUAUCAGCAAUAUAUAUCUUGAUUUAAAAAAAAUACAUUUCAAUUUUUUUUUCGGAAGAUAAUAUACAUUUCCGUUUAGUGAAGGUCCAUUACAUCGUUUCAUGCCAAGGCCCAUAGUACCAAUUUAUAUUGAACUUUCGCAUAAUAUGCGUCAAAAUUUGAAAAUAAUACGGAAAGGAGGUGCAAACCUUCCCUACACCGCUGGUUACAUUGGAUCCAUUCAUUAUCUUAUAGUAUUUUCUUCAAGCAGUACUAGCUGUAACUUUGCUCCGAAGGAGCAGUUUUUCCUUUUAACUAUUUCAAAAGCAUAUGGUUGCAAAAAUUACAUAAUCUAUUGCUGAUAAGUGUAAAUUACAAAACUUUGAUGGUUAGGAAAGAAAAUAAGUGGAAAACUAACAAAGGGCACAACUGCAAAAUCAUGAACCUUUGAAGACCAGAAAUUUGCUUCUUGGUUGUCCGAACUCCAGACUUUUUCCCCACUUUCUUCCCUGUCUCUACAGCUUUCUUUAUUUGGGUUCUACUGUAUGGAGCUCUCACUCUCCCACUGUUCUUCCCUUGGAAUUUCAGCUGUAAAUCCUCAUUGCAAGGCCUCAUCUUGUCACCCCAAGGCAAUACCCAGUAAGCUCAAUGCCAAGCAUUUUGAUUUGUCUUUGAGAUGCUCCAAAUAUGCUGUUUCAGUUGGGCUUUACGGUUAUUCAAGUUGCUCAAAACAUGUUCCAGCUAGGAAAUUCAAGCGUAAUUCAAUCCGGGCUUGCAGUCAAGUUGGUGCUGCUGGGUCUGAUCCAAUGCUGAACAAGAUUUCGUCUUUCAGAGAUGCGUGCUGGAGGUUUUUAAGGCCCCAUACUAUACGUGGAACGGCCCUAGGAUCAGCUGCUUUGGUGGGAAGAGCAUUAAUUGAGAAUUCAAAUUUGAUCAAGUGGUCCCUGGUGCUGAAGGCAUUCUCCGGUCUUAUAGCUCUGAUAUGUGGAAAUGGUUAUAUAGUUGGCAUCAAUCAGAUCUAUGAUAUUGGCAUUGACAAGGUAAAUAAACCCUACUUACCCAUAGCUGCAGGGGAUCUCUCAGUUCAAUCAGCAUGGUUCUUGGUGAUAUUUUUUUCAGUGACUGGCCUUCUGAUUGUUGGAUACAACUUUGGCCAAUUUAUCACAUCGCUUUACUCACUUGGUCUUUUCCUGGGCACUAUCUAUUCAGUUCCUCCAUUUAGAAUGAAGAGAUUUCCUGUUGCAGCAUUUCUAAUAAUUGCCACGGUGAGGGGUUUCCUUCUCAAUUUUGGGGUGUACUAUGCUACAAGAGCUGCUCUUGGACUUCCAUUUCAGUGGAGUGCACCCGUGGCAUUUAUCACUACUUUCGUAACAUUGUUUGCACUUGUUAUUGCCAUAACCAAGGAUCUUCCAGAUGUAGAAGGAGAUCGCAAAUUUCAAAUAUCAACAUUAGCAACGAAGCUUGGAGUUAGAAAUAUUGCAUUUCUUGGUUCCGGACUUCUACUGGUGAAUUAUGUUGCUGCUGUGUUGGCUGCAAUAUACAUGCCUCAGGCUUUCAGGCGUAGUUUAAUGGUACCUGCUCAUAUCUUUUUGGCGGUCUGCUUGAUUUUUCAGACACGGGUGUUGGAACAAGCAAAUUACACAAAGGAAGCAAUCGCGGGGUUCUAUCGUUUCAUAUGGAAUCUCUUCUAUGCAGAGUAUGCGAUUUUCCCCUUCGUGUAGAAUCCUAAUCUCCACCCUUCAUACUUUUUGUUUUGCAAAUUUUUAUUUUCACAGAGGGAGAGUAGUCACGUUAAGUAUCUAAAUGAACUUCCCAUCUAAUAUUCAUUGCAUCUUUUAACAACGCUAUCUUGAAUUAGUUCUUAUGCAAAUAAAUAAAUUCAAUAGAAAACAAA